AUGCGCUCCGCACUCCGCCUCUCGCGCCUCCACCACGCAGUCUCACACCCCGCCCGCCGCUUCCUAUCCACAACCUCACAACGCACAUCCGCCUCUUCAUCCUCAUCCUCCUCCCCAUCCUCACCAUUCGCAUCCGGCCCCUCACCACCCCGCCUCCCAAAAGAAGAACAAGAGCUCUUCGAAAAACUCCAGCGACAAUCCACAGGCGCAUUCAGCAACCCUCAACCCUCCACCCCCUCUUCCUCCUCAAGCACAACCACCUCACCGCGCUUCCAAAUCAACCAAUCCCCGGACUCCGACUCGACACCAGAACAAAUAGAAGCGGAACCAGGCGUGGUAGAAGUAGAGGAGGGCGACGAGUUACACCCGCACAUGCGCCGCGGCGCGCCGCCGGAGUUCGAGGGCGACGUCAAUCCGAAGACGGGGGAGGUGGGCGGGCCGAAGAACGAGCCGUUGAGGUGGGGGAGUGCGGGGGAUUGGAGUUUCAAUGGAAGGGUCACGGAUUUUUAG